CACGUAUAUAAACCACACCUUCCUUUCAUUUUUUCUCUCUCUCUCUCUCUUCUCUCUCUUUGUGUCACUGCUACUCCAGUUUCUUUAUUUAAACUAGGGUUUGUGCGGCACUCAAAAUCCCCAAAUUGUCCCAAUUUCGUGGCUCUCAACUCAAAUUCGACGAUUCUCGGUCGAGUUUGAACUAGUUUAUUGGUAAUUGGGGAGGUUUCUGGUGGAUCUGGGAUUUCAGUGGUGGGGGAUUGAGAUUUGGAUGUGGUGUAUGUGUGUAAAGAAGCGUUAAGAAGCGUUUCGGGCGAAAUCUGAGGGCGGACUGUGGGCUCGUGAUCCGGAUUUGGUCUUGCUGGGGCAAAUGCGGUUAAGUUUUGCUCUCAAUUAUUGAAAUUUUCCAUUUUGAUCUGAAAGAAAAAGCAAGAACAAAGAAUAUGCUGCAAAAUCAGCCAAAGAAGGACCUGAAGGAGAUUGAUUUUUUUACUGACUAUGGUGAUGCAAAUCGAUAUAGAAUUCUUGAAGUUAUAGGGAAGGGAAGCUAUGGAGUUGUUUGUGCAGCAAUUGACACACAUACUGGCGAAAAAGUCGCAAUAAAAAAAAUACAUGAUGUUUUUGAGCACAUCUCUGAUUCUAUACGGAUCCUGCGUGAAAUAAAGUUGCUCAGGCUCUUACGGCAUCCUGAUAUUGUUGAAAUUAAGCGCAUCAUGUUGCCACCAUCAAAGAGAGAGUUCAAAGACAUUUAUGUUGUUUUUGAGCUAAUGGAAUCUGAUCUUCACCAAGUGAUUAAAGCUAAUGAUGACUUGACGCAUGAACACCAUCAGUUUUUUCUUUAUCAGAUGCUACGUGCAUUGAAAUAUAUGCAUACUGCAAAUGUUUAUCACCGAGAUCUUAAGCCGAAAAAUAUAUUGGCAAAUGCAAAUUGCAAACUCAAAGUUUGUGACUUUGGAUUAGCAAGAGUUGCAUUUAGUGAUAUGCCAACAACAAUAUUUUGGACGGACUAUGUUGCCACAAGAUGGUAUAGGGCUCCGGAAUUGUGUGGAUCAUUUUUCUCAAAGUAUACACCUGCAAUUGAUAUAUGGAGUAUUGGCUGCAUCUUCGCUGAGAUACUGACGGGGAAGCCCUUAUUUCCUGGUAAAAGUAUUAUUCAUCAAUUAGAUUUGAUCACUGAUCUUCUUGGGACACCUUCACCAGAAACCAUUUCAGCGAUUUGUGUUGAGCAUAUCCAGGUUCGAAAUGAGAAGUCGCGAAAAUAUUUGAUAGAAAUGAGGAAAAAACCUCCUGUGCCCUUUCAACAGAAAUUUCCAAAUGCAGAUCCUCUUGCACUCCAUUUAUUGCAGAGGCUGUUAGCAUUUGAUCCGAAGGAUCGGCCAACUGCCGAAGAGGCAUUGGCUGAUCCUUACUUUAAGGGACUUGCCAAAGUUGAGAGAGAACCUUCUGCUCAGCCAAUCUCAAAGUUGGAGUUCGAGUUUGAGAGAAGAAGGGUGAUAAAGGAGGACAUCAGAGAACUAAUAUACCGAGAGAUACUAGAAUACCAUCCUCAGCUGCUCAAAGACUACGUGAAUGGAACUGAAGGCUCAAAUUUCCUAUAUCCUAGUGGUAUAUGUCAGUUCAGAAAGCAGUUUGCACAUCUUGAGGAAAAUGGUGGUAAAAGUUCACCGGUUUAUCCUUUAGAGAGGAAGCAUGUCUCUCUCCCACGGUCCACUGUUCACUCAAAUACAAUUCCUCCUAGCACACAGAAAAAUUUGACUUCGCAUCAGAACCGGCAAAUUGCAGAGCAGGCUUCAUCGAAUUUUAGGUCAAUGGAUGCAAGUUCUGGAAAUCCAUCUAAAGUUUCACGGCCUCCACCAAGGGUUCCAAUAGCAAAGCCUGGUAGAGUUGUGGGACCAGUACUGCCUUAUGAGGAUUUGAGAAGUAUGAAAGAUGAAUAUGGUUCAAGGAUGUAUGAUAGAAAUGCAGUUCUUACUCCUCAGGCAGUAACUCAACAGUGGUUUCUAAAGACUCACACGGCGAAUCAAGAGAAAUCUGGGUUUGAGGAGGAGAGAGAUUUGUCACAAGCCAAACCCCAACAAUGCAAUGUUACAGCCAAACCAGCCUCGGGCAUGGCAAUGGAUGUCAACACUAAUCCAUAUAUCCAACCGCAAACCAAGGGAGAUCAGUUGAAUGAUCGAAUUACCAUCGAUGCAAAACUGCUGCAGGCACAGUCACAAUUUGGUGCAGCUGGCGCUGCAGCUGUUGCUGUAGCUGCUCACAGGAAUGCAGGAGCUGUUCAAUAUGGAUUAUCUUAAGUGGCCUGGACUGUGGGAUAGUUAGGAUCUCUUCCCGGAAAGAGGAGGUUUCUCUAGGUUUUAUCUACUUCUACUUGUUUUUUUUUUAUCAUGUACAUGUAAGUACAUAUAUCUCAUUCUUGAAGCUAGUAAUAAAAUAGAUAUUUCUUAACACGUCUCAGAGAUGUCAUCUUGGUGUUCAUCUUAUGCCUUGUUUGCAGACACAAAAAAAAAAAAAAAAAACAAAUAAAUGAAAAA